AUGUAUAAUAAUAAAUUAAAUGGUUCAACAAGUAAUUUAAUUGAAAAUGAUAUUGAAAUAUCAAAUAAUAAUAAUUGUAUAAGAAAUUCAAUAAUAUUAAAAAAACAUAUUAUCAGAAAUAAAUUUGAUAAUUCAAUUUUUCCAAAUCAAUUAAAUGGUAUAAUUAAUGAUAUUGAUUACCAUCAAACUAUUGAAUCAAUAAAUAAUUUUAAACCAAAGAGAACAAAACGUUUCAAUAUUUUAUUUUCAAUUUCUUAUAUAUUUACAUUAAUAUUAUUUUUUUUAGCAUAUAUCUUUUUUCAAGAUGAUAUGUUUUUUUUAUUUUUUCCAUUUUCAUUAAUUUUUUUAUUUAUUUGUAAAUAUGUUCAUAGUAUUAAAUAUGUAGUUGUAAGAAAUUACGUUAUUGAACAAAAUGAAUUGGUCAUUGAAUAUCCAGUUUCAAAAAUUGUAAACUCGGCAAUUCCAGAAAACAUAAAUGGUGCAAAUGUUGUUGGUAGUACAAGUCUACAAAACUCUUCAACUUCACCUUUUAAUAAUCAACAUCAAGAAAUUAAUGAACAAAUGGAACAACAACAACCACCACAACAAUCACAACAAUAA